GAGCCAGGGUGCCUUGGUCCACUUUCUGAGCCGCUCCUACGCGGGCUUCCUGAUCCUCCCCUCCUUCGUGGCUUUGGUGGCGUCCUCCUGGUGCAUCUCUGCGACCUACAUGACCAUCUACGCCUGCUCCGCCGGGGAGCUCACGGAGCUUACGCCUGCGAGUUCGAUCCACUCGCUGAGCUUCGCGCCGUGGCAGACGUACUACGAGGUCAUAACGGAUGUCUCCUUCCAGCAAAUGGCUCUCAUGGCCUCAGUCCAGCCAUCCAUGACACGCUCCAUGUCGUUUGGCCAGCCACAGCCCACGUCGGGACCCGCCUCUCCGCGGAUGCAGAUUCCCAUCCAAGAGAACCACAGUGCCGUCGUGGUCGAGAUCCAGCUCGCCCAGCGCCAGGUCCCCCGCGUGGCGAGCGUCCACGUGAAGGGCCUGAGGCCCUCCCUGCCGGAGACGAAGUACCAAGUCCGGUUCUCUCCUUUCCAGACCUUGCCGACAGCCCUUCGCCUGAGCUCAGAGAGCUCCACCAACGGCACCAGGAAGAGCUUCCAGAGGACAUUGGCCUGGUCAUCCUUGCCCGGAUCGGUUAUCAGCGUGCCCAGCGUCGCCACAGGUCGCCAGGGCUCGGACCUCCGGCUUCGCGUCGAAGUCGUCUUGACGGACUUCGUCUUGGGACUCCCGGCGCCCAGAGGUGACGCGCCCGCCUGCGGCCCGCAGGGCUCGGAGCUGAAGACGCUGUACCAGGAGGUUGAGAACGUCUCGGAUGCGCUUUGCUCCCA